AUGUCGCCGACGACGCGGAGCGCGCGCGCAUCGGGUGGCGCGGCCCUCAUCAGGGAGGGCACCCCGAUCUCCGCGGGGCACGACGUGACCGUGGCGCCGCGGCCCGACGGAUCUUGGGUCGUCCAGCCCAACGAGGGGCGGUCCGCCGCGAGUCAUCCACCGCGCGUGGGUCCGCCGAAGGACGCCGACGGGCUCUUCCUUCCCCUCGUCGACGCCCUGAACCACGGGCCCGGGAACGAAUGCGUCUCGCACGACCCAGCCUUCGCCGCGUGGAGGGACAACCUGAGGGUGCGCGCCGCGGCGGUGUAUCGCGCGGCGCCGCGCGUCGACGACACCGCCGACCGCGACGUCGAGAAGACCGCCGCCGCGCGCCGCCGCGGGUCAUCGGCGCCGAUGCACGAUCCCUCCAGAUCCCGAGACGACGAAAACCGAGAUCCGGCGUCACGCGUCAUCGGCUCGAUGGACGUCGACGACGUCGGACCCGACCCGCGCCGCGAGCCGACGUAUAACUCGAGCGACGACGCGCCCCGUCCACCAGACAUCUACGCCGUCCAAACCGAGGACGAGGACGGCCCGGACGCGGUCGAGACGGGGGCGAUGGGUCGCACGCCCUCGGCGGGCCCCGCGGCGGGCCCUUCGAUUCCUUCGACAAAUUCAGCGGACCCGAGCCGUACUCCCGCGACGACGCUCAUUAAGACGGCGGUGGGAUCCAUCCCGGCGCCUCCCACGGCGCCUCCAUCCGCCGUCACGAACGACGGGGGCGACGCGUGGGGAUGGGGCGGGCGCUUCGAUCGAACCGCCGCCAAGACGCCGCGAUGCACGGCGCCGCUGUCGCUCACCGACGACGCCGCCUUUUCGCCUUGGGUCGAGAGCGACGGCGGGACGGGUUUAGGGUUAGGGUUUGCGGCGGGUGCGGCGAACCACGGACCGCCCCGGGGGUUCACGCUCGACGUUAACGACGCGGAGGAGGACGCCAACUACUUUCAGAACAUGGCCAAGGCGGCUAAGCGAACGGGGGGGCUUCACGCGCCUUCGCCCGGGAUGUUUUUGCCGCGGGGGACGCCCGUCAUCGACGGUCGGGGAUUCACGUACCCGAGCCCGGCGGCGACGGACAGGACCCCGGCGGCGGCGGCGGCGGCGGCGGCACUGGGAGGGUCACGCGCGUACACUCCCGCGGCGUUGGACAAGACCCCUGGAUGCCUGGAGGGGGUACACUCCCUCCACGCGUACACUCCCGCGCCGCGGCGGUACAUCCAGCUGGAGAGCGAGGUGCAGGCGCCGGUGUCGUCGCGCGGCGCCAGGCCGCGGAUCGCCGCCGCGUCGAGGCUCGCGGCGGAGAGCGGGAAUUUGCCGGGCCCCGCGACGGAACCCGAGCCGCUCGACUGGCUGUCCCCAGCGACGAGGCCCUCAGAGAAGCCGCUAAACGAGCAGUCGUCGGAGAAGACGGACAAGCCGCCCCGAAAGACGGAGAAAACGGAGGGGCCCUCGGGCGACGACGCCGCGGACGAGGUCGGUGGGUUCGCGUUCGACGCGGGUUUCGACGGCGGCGGCGGCGGCGCGAGCGAAUCCCCGGGUUUUGGGGGUUUCCGAUUCGCCGAGGAAACCGCGCCGACGCCUUCGCCGGCGGCUGGAAUCUUCCAGAUGGCUUCCGGGAAAAACGUCACGCCCAUCUCCGCCGACGCCAUGCGCCGCGCGCGCGGUAUGUUCCGAGACGACACCGCGGAGUUUCGAUUCGGUAACGGUCGGGUAACGGUCGGCGGGAACGGUGGGGGUGGCAUUUUCCAGACGGCUUCUGGAAAGGACGUCGCCGUCUCCGCCGACGCCAUGCGCCGGGCGAGGAUCGCGUUGGGCGGCGAGGUCGACGGCGCUCCGGGCGGCGAGACGAUACACGCGACGGGCCUCAUCACCCCCGGCGUCACCGCGAGCGACGGGUUCAAGUUCCAGACGGCGUCCGGGAAGACGGUCACGCCGUCCGUGGCGGCGAUGAGGCGCGGCGAGCGCGUCCUCGGAGAGCGGGGCUCGGGACCCGAGGAUACCGCUCGGAAAAAGGCGCGGACGACCGCGGACACGGCGGAGACGGCGGACGCGACUCCCGCUCCUCCCACGUCGACGGGUCAAUCAGGGCUGUUCCGCACGGGGACCGGUCGGGCGGUGGCGGUGUCCGACGACGCGGUGCGGCGCGCGAGGUCGAUCCUCGAGGUCGAACCCGCCGCGCCAUCCGCUCCCGCCGUCGCUCCCGCCGCUCCCGCCGCUCCCGCCGCCGCUCCCGCUCCCGGUGGGUUCAAGCCACCCGCGCGGACGAAGCAGUUCAACCCGCCGAUCCGACCGGGCACGCGCGCGGUCGCAUCGACGACGUCGCGGUUGGGCCGGGUCGGCGGGACCGGGGGGACCACCGGGGGGACCGGGGCGGGCGCCGCGCCGUCGGUGCACGACCUGUUCGCCUCGCGUCCGGACCGAGAGCGGCUCGGGUCGUUCUUCGACUACCUCAAGCCCGGCGAGCGACCCGGGUUACCCAGCGUCGUCCUCGACCCGCAGGUUCGGGCGAUGAGCGCCGACACCGCCGUGGGGUACCGCGUGAGGGACGAGGCGAACGACAUCGUGCUCGACUCGAGCGACAUCCGUUCAAAAAUGAUCUCGGAGCACGGAUGUUUGGAUCGACUUUUAGAACCGGAGUGGUGCGCCAACGCGUACAGGUGGACGGUGUGGACGCAGUCGUGCGUCGCCCGCGCCUUUCCCGACGCCGCCGACGCCGUGAAAGCGCCGGCGGUGAUCCAUCGGAUGCUGUACAGGUACGAGCGCGAGAUCUUGAGGGCGCAGCGGCCGUGGGUUCGACGGGUGUUGGAGCGGGAUACCCCGGCGGCUGCGCCGGCGGUGCUGUGCGUCGCCGCGAUCAGGCGAUUCGGCACUGGCGGCCGCGACGGGCACCCCGCGCGUCUCGAGCUCACCGACGGCUGGUACGGCGUCGACGCCGUGCUCGACGCCGGUCUCUCUUCGCUCCUUCGCGCGGGCCACCCGGGGUUGCGCGUCGGCGCCAAGGUGCUGGUGCAGGGCGCCGAACUUCGCCCGCACAACUCUGAGCCCGUCCCGCCCCUGUCAAAAAACGCGAAAGACGUCCACCUGGCGUUACACUUCAACGGCGUGAAACCCGCGAGGUGGGACGCGACACUCGGGUCUUUGAAAAAACGAGUCGCCGUUCCGCUGCGAACGCUGAGGCCCGACGGCGGCGCGUGCGCGUCCGCGGUGGUGUACGUGGAGCGGGUGUACCCGAGCGUAUGGAUCGAAACGGACAAGGCGAGCGGCAAACGGACGCACCGCGGGGACCGCGCCGAGGCGCUCGCGAGGGAUCGAUGGGAACGGGCGCGGGACGCGGAGGUUGAAAGAAUCCGCGAGGAGGGAACGGGCGGCGGGACGGCCGGCGCCGGUGGGCGCGGCGGGGGCCCCGUGGGAGGGCCCCGAGGAUUUGUCACGGAGGAGGCGGCGAGGGAGAUUCUUCGCGCCAAGGGUUUCCUCGAGCGCGACGCGCGACGAGCGACGAGGCUUCGAGUCUCCGGCGUUCGAAAACUCGCGCCGGGUCCCCGCGGGUCCGGGUCCGUACCGGGUCCCACCGGCGCGGCGCUGCUCACCGCCUACGACCUCCCCGACGAUUUGAUCGCGACGAUGACGGAGGGUUCCGUCUUUUGCGUCAACGACUUGCAAUGCGCGCGAUCGUUCCUUGAUCCCGCCGGCGGCUUGGAGCUAUCCACGACCCGUAGCACGCGAUGGAUCCCUCUCACCCGUUCAUCGCUCGCCAAGGCGCGCCUCGCGCCGACGCCGACGCCGCGGCGUCUGGUGGAUUGCGGCCAGCUGGGCGGACCCACGGUGCCGCCGGGUGCCGAGUUUGACGCCGUCGCGUACCUGAUCCACGCGAGCGCGCCGACGCCGGCGAAUGCCCCCAAGUCGCAGUGGGCGUUUCUCGCGACGGCGUCGAGCGGCGUCGACUUGCUCGCCGUGGAGAUUGACGCGCGGACCCCGGAGAUGUUCGUGUCCGCGGACGAUUGGGGCGCGGGGCGGGGCUGGUCGUCCGCGAUGGGAGGGACGAUGGGUUUAGGGUUAAACCCUAUCACCCCCCCGCCCGGCCCGCCGCUCGCGCUGCGAAACCUCACCUACGUCGCGCACGACGUCGCCAACGGGCUCAAGGUGGCGAGGGCCACCGAGCUCACCGCCGUGACCCCCCUCGCUCAAGGCGCUCAAGGGGCUCAAGGGGCUCAAGGGGCUCAAGGCGCCGCGCGUGAGGCGCUCGAGGCUUGGAUCCGACGCGUCGACGCGAGGGCUCUCGUCGAUCGCGUCAUUCGAUUGACGGGUUCGGGCGCGAGCGGGGAAGGCUCGCCCCCGUGCCCGGCUCCUCCUCCCCCGGUUGGUUCGAGGGGCGAUCGCGUGUCCGUCGGGGCGGCGGAUGGGGCGUUCGGAUUGGACGGGUGGUCGCUCAGCCAGGCGCGCGCGGCGGAGGAUGCGGCGAUGGCGACGCUCGCGAGGAAGAGGGAGGAAGCCGAGGCUGCGCGUAGGGAGGAAGCCGAGGCUCUGCGAGCGGCCGGGCUCGACGACGACGACGACGACUGA